CGCCCCGCCCCGGCCGGGCCCGGCCCCCGCGCCUGCCAAUGGGCGGCAGAGGCGGGACUGGUCCCGGCUCCUUGGGGUCCCGAGGGAAGCUGUGCCCAGGGCACCCUGGCUUGUGAAGCAUCACCCGGCUAACCUGGAAUUGAAGCAGGACAGAGCCAGCCCCUCCUAGUCCUAACAAGCAUCUUGCUCUGUGUGGUUCCCAAAAACACAGUAAAGGAGGACUGCAAACUGCACCGGGUGAAGUAGGAAAUAAACGUGUAUUUGUUGCAUCUCUGGGCAGUUUUUGAAAUUCAUAGAACCCUUAUUUACCCAUUUUUAAACAAGGCUUGGAGAAGAACCUUUUUUGUGGUGUUCCCGGUUAGAAAAUACGUGAAUGCUUAGAAAGAAACAAACAGAAAAGUUCAGAAGAGGGUGCCACAAUGGAAGAUGUGUAUUUGGCAUCGGUGGAAACAGACCGAGGCGUGAAGGAACAGUUACGGCUUUAUGACACCAGGGGUCUGCAGGAGGGUGUAGAAGUGCCAAAGCACUAUUUCUCUGUCGCUGAUGGCUUCGUUCUGGUGUAUGCUGUGACCAGCCUCGAAGCUUUCCAAAGAGUGGAACUGCUCAAAAAGGAGAUUGACGUCUUUAGAGACAAAAAGGAGGUAACAGUUAUUGUCCUGGGAAACAAAACUGACCUCGUGGACCAAAGGCAAGUGGAAACAGAAGCAGCACAGCAAUGGGCAAGGGCUGAGAAAGUGAGACUGUGGGAAGUGACUGUAACAGAUCGGAAAACACUGCUUGAGCCCUUCACCUUCUUAGCUAGCAAACUCUCCCAGUCCCAGAACAAAUCAACAUUUCCCUUGCCUGGAAGGAAGAGCAAAGGGAAUAACUGUGAUAACUAAGCUACCUAAGCUGCCAGGUCACAGUCUAAGUCCUUUCUGUGCCAUAUGCUUCUCACAGUUUCACUUAAAGCAAUAAUCUCAUUCAGCAAUAAAAUCUGCAAGCUUA